AUGGCGCUCAACAUGCUGCUGGCGCUGCUGGCAAUGGCCCUUGCGGCCAGCACCGCCGGCUGGUGGAAGCCCCCAAAGCGCAUCCAGUGGCAGUGGCAGCUGUCGCCCUUCAACUACCCGGCCGACCUGGUCAAGGGCCCCGACCGUCUCGACAUGUACGAUGUCGACGUCUUCGACAACACCGCCACCACGAUCCGCAACAUCAAGUCCAGGGGUGUGCGUGUGAUGUGCUACUUUGAGGCGGGUACGUGGCCAAGUGGCAAGGUGAACAACCCCUUCCUGUCCCAGUACCCUGCAAGGUGCAAGGGCAAGCCGUACGAGCCCCCGUACACCGAUGAGCUGUGGCUAGACAUCACCUGCCCCGAGGUGCUCAACAUCACCCGCAAGAUCCUGGACCUCGCCGUCACCAAGGGCUGCGACGGGGUGGAGCCUGACAAUGUGCAGGGCUUCGAGACGGACUCUGGCUACAACACCGGCUUCUACAAGUGCCCCAUCAAGAAUGGCGUGCAGACCGGCUACACCACCGGCUGCGACCUGGAUUACAAGGAGUGGCGUGGCUUUAACUUGUUCCUUGCCAAUGAGGCACACGCGCGCAACCUCUCGAUUGCUCUCAAGAACAACUUCUACAUGGCGCCAGAGAUGGCUGCCGUGCACGACAUGGUGCUGUCUGAGCAGUGCUACCAGUAUGGCGAGUGCGCCAAUUACACGUCCUUCAUCAACGCCGGCAAGCCGGUGCUGCUGACAGAGUACCGCCGUUCCAAUGGCUGGCCCCUGAAGACGUGUCGUGAGUGA